CAGCAUUAACUGUCCUCCCUGAAACCAAUCAAGCUACCACUGCGGAGUCUCCCUGGUUCAGGGUCUCGACCAAACCUGUUCCUGACGGUGAUAAAAAGGUUGAUUUGUUGCCUGCCGUGGUUGAAGUCACCGUGGAACAGCUUCCCCUCCUUGAAACGCGUCCGGACGUGAAACCGCCGUGAUGAGCGCCCUCGAGAGCAAACGCAAGUUCCUGCUCUAUCCGACCGCGAAGAAAGGACCAGAUGUUCCCUACAAGAACCAGCGGAAGAAUAACCCGACGCUGAGGGGGUUUGUCGUCGUGCUCGCUGCGAUGCUCAUGCGAUGGGUCGUGUUCCUCCCCAAGACCGUCUGGAAGACUUCUGGUUUCGGUAUGUUGCGACCGAUUCGCAAGUACAUCGAGAAUUACGAACCACGAUACGAUCCCACUGUCGUUCCGAUUGAGGACCCUUUUGCGGAUGAGAAUACUACAGAACCGGUUGAGUCGACGAUGACUCGGAACCCCUCGCCAAGAGGACCCGCGGCACACUACUACUCGGUGGCGGACUACCAUGCGCUGUAUGUCUCGGGUGAACUCACGCCCACUGCGGUAGCAAAGGCGAUUCUCCCGCUCAUUCGGCGUGACACUAGCCCGCCUGGCGAGUAUUCCAUUGGGUGGUUCGACUGUCAGGCGGAGAUGGUGUUGGCUGCCGCCGAAGCAUCGACGAAACGGUAUAAAGAAGGGCGGCCGUUGGGGCUAUUCGAUGGAGUGCCGACCGGCGUCAAGGACGAGUACGAUCUCGAUGGAUACCGCACAUGUUUGGGUUCGUUUAAUGAUUACACAGGCCAGGUGGCUGCAGAGGAUGGAUCCAUUACCAGCUGGUGUGCCAAGAAGAUGGAGGAAGCCGGGGCGAUCAUUCUCGGGAAGCUUUCGAUGCAUGAAUUUGGUUUAGAUACACCAGGAAUCAAUCUCCGCUAUGGCACGCCUCCGAACCCGUACAACCCUCGAUACUACCCUGGAGGUAGUUCGUCUGGGUGCGCGUACGCCGUGAGCGCCGGGCUCAUCCCCAUCGCGUUGGGCAGCGAUGGUGGCGGCAGCAUCCGCAUUCCUGCCUCAUUCUGUGGUGUGGUCGGUUUGAAACCCACCCAUGGCAGACUCUCGCACCAUCCGGGCGUGAAUCAUGCGGUAACCUGCUCGGUGAAUGGCCCUCUUGCCGGUGACAUGGAAUCGCUCUACGAAUAUUAUCGUAUCAUCGGGGUUCCGGACCCUAUGUCAGACUUCCCCAUGCCUCCCCCCCGGCGGCUUCGGAAUUCCUCGUCUUCUGGUAGAAAGGUGCUGGGGAUCCCUGAAGCGUGGUUCUCCCGGGCCACACCCGCCGUGCAGCGGUUAUGCAGGACCCUUCUGGUGAAGCUGACCUCCGAGUAUGGCUACGAGCUGGUUCCCAUCGAGAUCCCCUUCCUGGUCGAAGGACAAAUGGCCCACGCGCUGACCAUGCUCACCGAUGCCGCCACCCUCCUGCCCGAGAAACGCAAGAAGUUCUCUCCCGGCAACCAGAUUCUGUUGGAGCUGGGGUCAGCCACGCCAUCGACAGAUUACCUCCUGGCCCAGAAGCUGCGACAGCUCCUCAUGCAGCACCUGGCGUACCUGUGGAAGCAAUACCCUGGGAUGCUCAUCGUGACGCCCACGACAAGCUGCGCCGGCUGGCCGAUCCGCAGCCGAUCCGAGCUCAAGUACGGCCUCAGUGACGGAGACCAGACCCUGCAGUCGAUGGAGUACGUCUGGCUGGCCAACUUUACGGGCACCCCCUCGGUGACGGUUCCGGCCGGGUUUGUCGGCGCCGAGGGCUCGCCAGAGGCAGGCCAGGAGGUCGACGAGACGUCCACGGGGCGGAUCCCCGUCGGGCUAAUGGCGACGGGGGAAUGGUGCAGCGAGGAUCUCCUACUUCACUGGGGGGCUGAGGCUGAAGAAGCGGGUGCGGACCGACUUGCUCGUCCGCCCAUCUGGGUCGAUGUCGUGGCGCGAGCGAGACAGGAGAUGAAAGAACAGAACACCGCCCCUUAGUCCUGUUUACAGUAUAAAUUAAACUUGGACGCUAUCAAAAAAUUAUAUUAUUGGCAAUACAUGGAUGCAUCGGAGAUAAAGCCUUUCUGCUGCAAUGUCUGAAGAAGGAUCAUUUGCGCCUCAAAUACCGGAGUCAAGAACCAAAGUCUGCAGUAUGAUGACAGCGGAUUGGCCAUUAGAUUUUGAUUGUAGGUUUGAUCAUGGAGAUUCAUCUAGAGAAUCGGUGAGAUAGACCGGGGAAGAUCAAGCGAGUAGAAGAAUUUUGGCUGCUUCUACGCAUCACCCAGUCUUAGUACCUAGCUUAGCAGUGCAGGUAUCUCAUUGACCAUUCACUAUUAGAGCA